AUUUUAAUAUUCAUGAGUUUUAUUAUUUUUUGUAAUUUAUGUAAUUUUUAAUUAAUUUGGCUACAGCAAUUUUGGGUUUUUUAAUUCAAUACAUCUUUCUCAUAUUUGGCUUAUUCUUUGGGAAGGUAUCAAUGCUUUUUAUUUGCCUCAAUACACAUUUUCAUUUAGUUUCAGGAGUUGAAACUGGGUUAAAGUCAAUUUAAUUAGCUAAUAAUUUGAGUUAAGAAAAAAAAAAAAAACUGGGUUUUCAGAAAAAUUUCAUCUUUAAUUAGCUAAUAAUUUGGGGCAAAAAUGAAAAAAUCUGGGUUGCAAUGGUCUUUUGCAAAUAAUAGUGCUGCAGCUUAUUCCCAAUUUCUUUCUUUCAAGUCUUCUCAAGAACAAGGAGGAACCCACAAACAAUACCCUCCUGGAUUUUCUCAGAGAAGUUUGAGUUUGGAAAAGCAAGGGGGAGGUCAACAUGUUUCUCAUGCUCAUCCUUGGCAAACUAAUGAUGCAUACACAACUGCCCAAGCAAAGCAAAUGGUGCCUUCUGCUAUACAAACUUCUAUUCUUUCACCUCAUUUAACCCCAAAUUCACCAAAUGUGAUAUCAUCUCCUAUCACACAUGUACUUCCUGUUCCAACUCAAAUUGGUCCUGUUGUUGGUUCAACUGAUCUCAAGAGUUCGCCAAGUAUCUCCAUUGGACCAUGUCAGCUAACCCUCUUCUAUAAUGGAUCAGUUUGUGUAUAUGAUAAUGUGUCGCCUGAGAAGGCUCAAGCCAUAAUGUUACUAGCUGGAAAUGGUGAAUCAAAGAAUUCAACUGCCGCACCUGCUCCCGCACUUCAGUCUCGGCCGACACCACCAAAAGAUAUUUCUGUUACAAAUCUUUCUGUAGGACUUUCAAGCUCAGGUUCCUUGCCUUUGCCUGCACCUGUUAGUCCACUCUCUGCAGUAGUAACUAGCAUUCCCAUUAAAUCCGAGGGAUUCUCUAGCUCAGUUUCUUUGAGUUCACUGUCUGCAGUAGCAUCUAGCAGUCCAAUUCCAUCCGGGGGAUUCUCUAGCACAAUUUCUUUGCCCAAGCCUGUUAGUUUUCUGCCUGCAGUAGCAUCUAAUUCAGCAGUUGAAGCAAACCCAAUCAAACCAGUUGUUACUGCUCACGUUAAGUGCCCGGAAACUCCUAAAUCAGAUGCACUCAUUGGAGCCGGUGCUGCAAAAUCAGUUCCGUCAGCUGUACCUCAGGCUCGGAAAGCAUCUCUUGCAAGAUUCUUGGAGAAACGGAAGGAGAGGGUAACUGCUGCUUCUCCUUAUAUUAUCAGCAAGAAUGCUUCGGAAUGCAGCGGUGGAUCGACUUUUCUGGCGAAUUCUGCAUCGUCCAGUCCCUUACCAGCUAGCAAUUAGAGAAUAUUUAAUGAGUUCUGGCAAUGGGACUGUGAAAUAUAUAUUCACUAUUGUCAGAAUGAUAAUAUUCACUGAACCUUAGAUAUUAUGUUUUAUACUAUAUUUUCUUUUUGUCUUGAAGUAAUUGCAACCAAGAAAUGUUUGUAUUAUACUAUGUUCAUUAAUUUUUUGGGAAAAUUGAUGAUAAUUAGUAAAAUGCUAAGAAGGUAGCAACUACUAAGGGGUAAA